CUCCACUCUCUUCCUCGGCGCUGCCUGUGGAGGUGGCAGCCAUCUGUUACUGGGCAUCAUGGCUGCCCUCAGACCUUUGGUGAAGCCCAAGAUCGUUAAAAAGAGGACCAAGAAGUUCACCCGGCACCAGUCAGACCGAUAUGUCAAAAUUAAGCGCAACUGGCGGAAGCCGAGAGGCAUUGACAGUAGGGUGCGCAGAAGAUUAAAGGGCCAGAUCUUGAUGCCCGACAGUGGUUACGGGAGCAACAAGAAGACAAAGCACAUGUUGCCCAGUGGCUUCAGGAAGUUCCUAGUGCACAACGUUAAGGAGCUUGAAGUGCUGCUGAUGUGCAACAAAUCUUACUGUGCAGAGAUUGCUCACAACAUAUCCUCCAAGAACCGCAAAGCUAUUGUGGAAAGAGCAGCCCAGCUGGCAAUCAGAGUCACCAAUCCCAACGCCAGGCUGCGCAGCGAAGAAAAUGAAUAGACAGCUUGUUGUGCUCGUCAUAUUUGUGUUAAUAA